AUGUCACCAGGCAGGCCCCCACAAACUGUUGCUGUAACCCCUGGAAAGAAGAAAACACAACAAGAUGAAGAGCUGCAUGCUCCAGCUCCACCACCACCACUAGUGGCUUCCUUCAUCACAAAUGAAGUAGACAUGCGAUAUCACAAUGAUUUGCUGAAUCUAAUUCCAGAAGAAUUCAUUUCUGUGCCCUUGAUACUGCAUUGUAUGCUGGAACAGGUUGUGGCAAGUGAAGAAGACCUUGUCCCACGGAGUCUGGCAGAGCCGCCUCCCAGAACAGAUGGGCUGGACCACAGAAUUGCAGCUCACAUCAUGUCCAUCCUGCCCUCUCUCUGUCUGACAGAGAGGGAGAAAAAGAAUCUCCAUGAAAUAUUCUUAUCUGAAGAGGAAAAUGAAAGCAAACCAGUGCCCAGAGGCCCUCUCCUACUGAACUAUCACGAUGCCCUCGCCCACAAGAAAUAUGUGCUAAAGGACCUAAAGAAUUUUGACCUGGUUCAAGUUGAGCAGAAGAUGCAGUCUAAGUUGCCACUGUGGGAAUUCCUUGAAUUCCUUCUGCCUCCGCCAUGGAACAGCACAAAACGUCUAGCUACAAUUCAUGAGCUCAUGCACUUUUGUACAAGUGAAGUUUUGAGCUAGAAUGAAGUAGAACGAGCCUUCAAAGUGUUUACUUUUGAGAGCCUGAAACUCUCUGAGGUUGAUGAAGAAGGGAAACUGAAGCAUUCUAGAAUGAUGUAUGGGACAGAUUCUGAGAUGUUCAACAUACCAUGGGACAACCCUGCCAGCUUUGCUAAACAGAUAAGGCAAAAGUACAUCAUGAAAAUGAAUACCCAAGAGACCAGACAUCAAACAGAUAGUGGAAUCAAAGACAGAAUUUUAUUUCUGGAUCAGAAUUGGUCAACAUCUAUGCCAGAUGAUGAGAUCAACAAAGAACCUUCCAAUCCUAGUCAUCCUGAUACUAACAAUAUGAAGUAUUCUGACCUGGAUAAUAGGAAAUCCUUAGACUCUGAUUACAGAGAACCAUCAGCGCAGAACAGCUUGAAGUCGCAGCUCCAACCUGAGCCUUUGAAGCAGACCGUGAACAAUGAGAUCAAAGAUAAAGCGGUCACAAAUGCUGAUCCUCUUGAAAAGAAACCCAAGAAGAUGACUGUGGAAGCAGAGUUACAGGACAUAAAGAAAAUGCAGCAACACAAUCUAAUGGACUGGAGUUUUACUGAACAUUUUAAGCCAGAAGUUCUGCUUCAGGUUCUUCAAGAAGCCAAUCAGCAAUACAGGUGUAUUGAUUCUUAUUACCACACCCAGGAUAACUCUUUACUGUUGGUCUUUCCUAAUCCAAUGAAUUUGCAACGUCUGCACUGUGAACAUUGGAACAUUGCUCUUCCCUGUAAUGUUGGAUUCAGGAAUUAUUUGGAACUUGUUGCAAAAUCCAUUCAAGAUUGGAUCAUAAAAGAAGAAGCUGUAUAUCAGGAAGCUAAAUCUGAGGAAAUCAGUAGGACCAAGAAUGAGCUGGAAAUAAAAUCUUCUGCUGGUACCAAAAUUUCUUCUACUAGCAAAAUUUAUUCUAUUAAAAAAUCUAAAACUAAGUAA